AUGGUCAAGUGGCCCGAGUACAUCCGUCUCCAGCGCCAGAAGAAGAUCCUCAACCUCCGCCUGAAGGUCCCCCCUGCGAUCGCCCAGUUCCAGCAGGUUCUCGACAAGAACACCGCUGCCCAGGCUUUCAAGCUCCUCAACAAGUACCGCCCUGAGACCAAGGUCGAGAAGAAGGAGCGUCUCCUCAAGGAGGCCACCGCCAUCAAGGAGGGCAAGAAGAAGGAGGACGUCUCCAAGAAGCCCUACGCCGUCAAGUACGGUCUCAACCACGUCGUCGGCCUCAUUGAGAACAAGAAGGCUUCUCUUGUCCUCAUCCCCAACGAUGUCGACCCCAUUGAGCUCGUCAUCUUCCUCCCCGCCCUCUGCCGCAAGAUGGGUGUCCCCUAUGCCAUCAUCAAGGGCAAGGCCAGACUCGGCACUGUCGUCCACAAGAAGACCGCUGCCGUCCUCGCCCUUACCGAGGUCCGCUCCGAGGACAAGAACGAGUUCUCCAAGCUCGUCUCCGCCAUCAAGGAGGGUUACCUCGAGAAGAACGAGGAUGCCCGCAAGAAGUGGGGUGGUGGCAUCAUGGGUUACAAGGCCCAGCAGCGUAUCGCCAAGCGCGAGAAGGCUCUUGCCAACGCCAUCAAGGUUUAA